GUUAUUUCCCAGAAUGAGGUCUAACCAAAUAGUUAACAUCGGAAUGGCGGUCACAUUCUUUCUUGCAGCAGAGGUAAUAAUCCCCCGGCUGGUGCUUUGUUCUUAUUAUUGUCGAGAAUCUUGCUCCGGUGUUCCUGUUAAAUAUCCAUUAGGAAUCGACCCAGGAUGUGGCUCCCCGGAGUUUAUCAACAUGCUCCUAUGCACGGAAGAAGCUGCCACAGGAGAAGAGGUCUUAUCCAUGGUGAACCCCCAAAUACCAAGCUUCAACAAGAUCCGGUCCAUCGAUUACACAACCGGUGCCGUGUUGGUUGAUGUGCCCUCGGGGUCGGGAACAUCAUCAAAUGUGGUGGAGGUGAAAUACGAAAUGUCGCCGGAAAAGAUGAGGGAUUGUACUGUAUGUCAGGAUUCCGGCGGCAUAUGUGGGUUUGACGUGGAGACUCUGGUGGAGACAUGCAUGUGCAACAACUUGAACAUCAAUGCUACAACAGCAUCAGGAUGCGGAGGAACGAAAUCUUUAGGGACCAAUAAUAUUGGUUCCAUAAUAGGAGGAAUAAUGGCAGCAUUAGUAUUUAUGAUGAUGAUUGGGGCUUGGGUAUAUAACUCUUGUACUUGUUGGCCAGAGGGGAAUAUAUGGCACUUAAAAUGUUACUUAAUUUGUUGCAAUUGUUGUGGUCAUUCGUCUAUAGCUGAGAGCCAUAUCCAAAUGCCCUAGUUCUAAUUUAGCAGAGUGUUGAGGGGCUUUGAUACCUAUAUAGGUGCAGGAAAUCUUGUGUUCUUAUUUUUUUUCUUUUAAAAUUGUGUAUUUAAUUGUGAGUUGUGAGCAUUAUCAAGGCCCAUCAUUUGGUGCGAUGGGUUCAUAUUGAAUGUACAUAAUAGAGUGAGGCCAUCAUUUGCUGUGAAAUUCUGGCCCUUUCUACAUUCUCUCUAGUCUCAGUGUCCAUCUAUUACGAAUCGAAUCAUAUCCCUUUUACCCUAUUAAAGCAGAAGACAUGAAGCUUAUGUGGCAAUUAAGUAUGCAUCUGUUUUGG